AACAGUGUAAGAAAAAGAACACAAUCCAUCAUUUUGAAGUUUCCAAAAGGGGGGUGUGUAUGUGAAACCUGGCAACACAGCGCUGGGUUUCACCCGCAGCACACAGGUCCUACAAACUACGGCGUGUUGUAUCUUCUCGUGACUAGUGUUUGUGAGCAGUUAUGGCCGAUGAAGGAUAUGUUGUGCGCAUAAGGGGUCUUCCUUGGUCCUGUUCAGUGGAUGAAGUACAGAGGUUUUUCUCAGGUUGUAAAAUUCUCAACAAUGGAAGUGGGAUCCACUUCACCUACACACGAGAAGGACGUCCCAGCGGGGAGGCAUUUGUGGAGCUGGAGACUGAAGAAGACCUUAAGGUGGCUGUGAAGAAAGACAGAGAAACCAUGGGUCACAGAUACGUUGAGGUGUUUAAAUCCAACAACGUGGAGAUGGAUUGGGUCAUGAAGCACACUGGCCCAAAUUGCCCUGAGACAGCUGGAGACGGACUGGUGCGGCUCCGAGGCCUUCCUUUCGGCUGCAGCAAGGAGGAGAUAGUCCAGUUUUUCUCAGGGUUGGAAAUCGUGCCAAAUGGGAUAACAUUGCCGGUGGACAUCCAGGGGAGGAGUACGGGGGAGGCCUUCGUGCAGUUUGCUUCACAGGAUAUAGCUGAAAAGGCUCUAAAGAAACACAAGGAAAGAAUAGGGCACAGGUACAUUGAAAUCUUCAAGAGUUGUCGUGCCGAGGUGCGGACUCACUACGAACCCCAGAGAAAGCCCAUGGGCAUGCAGAGACCCGGGCCCUACGACCGGCCCUCUGGUGGUCGCGGCUACAACAUGAUGGGCCGAGGGGGAUCCUAUGACCGAAUGCGCCGCGGCGGUUAUGGAGGAGGAGGUGUGUCAGACGGACGCUAUGGCGACGGCGGCUCGUCUUUCCAGAGCACAACGGGUCACUGUGUCCACAUGAGAGGCCUGCCGUACAGAGCCACAGAGACAGACAUCUACAAUUUCUUCUCUCCGUUGAACCCUGUGCGCGUCCAUAUUGAGAUUGGCCCAGACGGCCGAGUAACCGGGGAAGCAGAUGUUGAGUUUGCAACACACGAAGAUGCUGUAGCAGCCAUGUCCAAAGACAAAGCAAACAUGCAGCACCGUUAUGUGGAGUUGUUCCUCAACUCAACAGCAGGUGGCAGUAAUGGAGCUUAUGGCAGCCAGAUGAUGGGUGGCAUGGGAAACCAGUCUUCUUACAGCGGGGGGCAGCUAAGCUCGGGGUACUCUGGUGGGUACAGCAGCCAAGGAAACAUGGGCGGCUACAAUGACUACAGUAACCAGGGCGGGAUGGGAAGCAGCUACUAUGGUGGUGGUGGAGGCGGAGGAAGCAGAGGCUCAAUGAAUGGACUUGGUGGGGGAUGGGGAAUGUAGAUAUGUUUUGGUUUUUUCCACUUGUUAGAUUUCUUUUUUUUUUUUUUCUUUAAGUCAGCAUUUUUGCUAAAAGGACUGAAACUUUGAGCUUCGCCUUGUAAACUCUGUAGUCAGUUGAGGUUUUGAAAAUGUUGAGGGCGUAAUUUUUUGAUUUUAUAAGAAAAUGACCUUCAAAGAGAAGCUGAACCGUCUUGUUUCCACGAGAAAUGUCUGAAGUGUUAACCUGACCCGUUCCUCAGAUUUACAUAAACCUCGCUUUCAUUUCUACGACCCAAAGUUGUUUUGCGUUGCUGAUCCCCAAACGCCAGUCUAGGAAUCAUAGUGUACACUUGUUAAGUUGGUGGGUUAAAACACACCUUGCAAAGUCUGAAUGCAUGAGCAGGGAAACUGCAAAUGUCUGCUGUCCUUUUGAUAUUUUACUUUGUGUCUGCCUCUACAGCUUUUUAUUUCCAGUUAAAAUGUUACCCCAAAUUGAAUUUUGGUGUGGUCUGAGCGUGCUUUCUUUUUCUACAGUUAUUUUUUUUUUUGAAGGAAGUCUGUAUCACGGGCAACCCAAUUUCCAAUUUGCUACGAUGGAGGUUUUUACUGCUUCAAAUUCUAUUUGUAUUUUCUGUGCACAAAGUGAAUAAAAGUACUCUGGAAUAUGUCA